CACAACUACUAAGCUUGUUCUACAGUAAGGAUUGGCAGUUCUAAGUUGCCUCCAGAAGGUGCUAAUACUUGGAGACACCAGACUACUUCAUGUAAGGGCUAGACAGGAGGCCACAACGACGGCCCUAGUCACCGCCAGCCAUGCGUUUUCCAACUAGCAGUAGUUCUAUGUACACACUCCGUACUAGCUGCAACAACCCAGCAUAUACUACCAAGGUAUACGAAGCACAAGACAACUCUAUCCACGCUGAGGCAAUCAAAUCGAGCCGCUUGACGUUCUCAGCCGCAUCUUCUUCAACACGCAUUGCCCGUCUCACGUGCCUACGCUCUUGCUCCCUUCAAAACGACAUCACAUGCCGCCAAAUCGGCGGAAUAGACGGAUCCGUCACAGGCAGCUCUGGAUCCAACCGAUCCGGCACAUCACAGCACAGUACAGCACAGCCAGCCAACCAAGCCAGAACCAUCCAUGGCGUGCAUGGCGUCUGCCAUCCCUCCAAACCCAGCUCGUCAGCGUCCGGAGUCCCGUGGCGUCGCCCCGGCCUCGACAACCUCCACACUGUUUUUUUUUCACACCCGGCGCUCCACUCCUUUUGGCCUUCACCGUGGCUGGCCAUUCAUUCCUCGCCCUUCCUCCCGAGAACGGUGUUUGGCCCUAGAAUGGCCAUUCGUUAGACAGCGCUAAACGAACGCACAAGCUUCGACACUUCUGGGCUCGUACCCCGAUCACCGAUCACGCAGGGAGGAUACAAGCUUAGUCUCAUC